AAAAUUUUAUAUUCUAUAAAAAAAAUACAUUUUCUUUUCGGUCAAAAACUCAACCCUACCUGAUGAAACUUUGAUGAUUGAUCCCAAUCUGUCAUAUUUUAUCAAAGGGCCCAAAUGAGCUGAGCGACACAGCGAGUCCUGACUCGUUCACUUCCAUGAUUGAUCCCACGAUCCAAAUUGAACUUAUACAGCUUUCUGAAAAUCCCUCUUCCCACUUUACCCUUUCUCCUUUUCCUUUUUCCUUUUCCCAAUUGUACACUCGAAAAGAGUUCCGAUCAAUUUUGCCUCUUCCCCGAACAGGAAAAUCAACCCUUUUCGAUUGGAGUGUGUGUUUGUAUCUCACAGCAAAAAGUAUGAUCCCAGAAACGAAAAAUCGUUCAUAAAAUCAUACGAAGCCCCUUUUCUCUUCUUCAGAAAGAUAGAUCACUUUUAAUUUUAGAGACAAGCAAACUAAAAUCAGCAAAUGGGACGACACAGUACCUCAUCAAACUCAACAAGCCCAGAAAGGAAUUACAGCAACAUGGACACACAAGUUUUCCUGAAUGUAUAUGAUCUUACCCCUAUCAAUUCGUACAGCAUCUGGUUUGGAUUUGGUAUUUUUCAUUCGGGUAUUCAAGUGUAUGGUAUGGAAUACGGAUACGGGGCUCAUGAUUUUCCAAUUAGUGGUGUGUUUGAAGUUGAACCCAAGAGUUGCCCUGGUUUUGUUUACAGAUGUUCAAUCCCAUUAGGGCAUGUAACCAAAUCACCAUCCGAAUUUAGGGAAUUUAUUGAGAAUGUGGCUUCAGAGUAUCAUGGAGACACAUAUCACCUCAUUUCCAAAAACUGCAACCAUUUUACAGAUGACAUUUCCCAAAGAUUAACUGGCAAAAGUAUCCCUGGCUGGGUCAACCGACUCGCCAGAUUAGGUGCUGUUUGCAGUUGUCUACUUCCUGAAAGCCUUCAAGUAUCUGCUGUUAAACAGCUUCCUGAGUAUCAUAAUUGUGAAGAAGAUGGGAACACAUCUGUGUCAACAACCAAUGCUCAAGAACCACCUCCACCUACAGAAGAAGAAUAUGACAAUGAUGAGCAAGAUAAACACCUCCUCCCACCACCCUACAAUGAUGUAUCUUUUAUCAAAGAGGUCGCUAGAUGAAACCAAAAACCCAAUCUUUCUUUCAUAGUAAUUUGUUGAGAUUUCAAGUGAUUUUUUAUUUUGCUCCUAAGUUUAUUAUUGUUUUGUUUAUCGCUUCCGUUUGUUGUACACAAUCGAAUGUACUUUUCUGUAGAUUGUAAACCCAAGUAUUUAAAUGAUUGAUUGUUUGGAACCACAACCAAAGUAUCCCAUGUAACUUUCACACCCAAAUCAUCACACUUGUUUAAAUGUUUGAGCAAAUCAUAUUUCAUAUCACAUCACAAAAUAUUGUUUUUGGUUUUGAUUUUGAUUUUUCAAUCGAUGAAACUACGACUCGCACUUGAGCUCUAAUUUUGAAGUUAGCCACGAACAAACAUCGUCCAUCUCUUCUGGCAUCGUGUAGUGGCCAAGCCUGUAAAAAAAAAAACAACAGUCAGUAGUACUGUGUUUGACAUGCAUUGGAGUGAUUCUGAUAUUUUAUUUGAUAGAAAGGUUACAUACG